AUGUGAAUUGUGAGCGGUCACGUGGAUAACGGGUCUGGGAUAAAGCGCAAGUGUAUUUAUUUCGUUGGAUGCGUAUUCUUUUUUUGGUCGACCCCGAGACACAUUAUUCAUUUCUUAGACGACAGAAGGGGAAAUAAUUCAACAGAAAAUGGCGAAUAAAUUGUCGUUAAAAUUGUAGGUUUAUUUUGAUAGAAAAACAGUGUCCAGCUCAGUAAGCGUUUGACAACAAUCGUCGUGUGAUCCUGGUAUCCCUAUGGUUGAUGAUGGAGGAGACAGGUCCUCGCAUAGCAGACUACUUUGUGGUAGCAGGGCUCACGGACUCCUCCAAGCCCUUAGAGGAGGAACUGCAGCUGGACGACGUUCCUGGUCGCUUUCCCCGCUCGGCCCCAGGUGGUCGGCCCCUGGCCCCCAUCACAGACGUAGCUGUGGUUAUAUGCUCACUGGGGGAAACGGUUCCUCAGGGUUACACCUGCUUAGAGUCCACCCCAUCUGGUCUGUCUGCAGAGCUGAACGGAGCCAGUCUCAGAGGGCCUCAGAUCUACCUCUGCUACAAGAGAGGCCGAGAUAAACCUCCUCUCACUGAUCUGGGGGUUCUGUAUGAGUGGAAGGAGAAGCUGAAGCCUGGCUGUCACAUCGUCCAAACCACGCCCUCUGGUCGCCCUGCCAACAUCAGUAGCUCCUCCUCCCAGCGCAUCUACAUCACCUAUCGCCGCUCCCCGCAGAGCCAGCCUCACACGUCAUUGGCUGUCACAGAUGUCUGCAUCAUCAUCCCGGGCAAAGGGGAGACGCCCCCUCACACCUUCUGCAAGGUCGACAAGAACCUCAACAGUAGUAUGUGGGGAUCCUCAGUAUACCUGUGUUACAAGAAGUCACUGGCUAAAACCAACACAAUCGCAUACAACGCAGGUCUGUUGUGUCGGUACCCAGAGGAGGACGAUGAGUCUUUUCCCCUGCCGGAGUCUGUUCCUCUGUUCUGUCUGCCCAUGGGCGCUAGCAUUGAGUUCUGGCCAGCUCACACCAAACACUCCUUGCCUGUCUUCUCUACCUUUGUGCUGACUGGGGCCUCUGGAGACAAGGUGUAUGGAGCUGCCAUCCAGUUCUAUGAGCCGUACCCAGAGGACCAGCUGAGUGACAGACAGCGUUCUCUCCUGGGGCUACCGGGCACGUGCAAUAGCAGCGAGGGGACAAAGAGCGUUCACGCUAACAAGAGUAUCUGUUUGCUGUCACACUGGCCGUUCUUUGACUCAUUCAGGAACUUCCUGACGUUCCUCUACAGAUACUCCAUCUCUGGACCACACGCUCUGCCCAUAGAGAAGCACAUCUCCCACUUCAUGCACAAAGUCCCGUUCCCCUCGUCACAGAGACCACGCAUCCUGCUACAGCUGUCUCCACAUGACAGUCUGAUGCUGAGCCAGCCGGUCUCCUCCCCUCUGCCUCUCAGUGGUGGUCGUCUCUCCACUCUGCUCCUUAACCUGGGUCCUAAGAAUGCGACCACUCUGCUGGUGCUGGCCGUAACAGAACACAAGAUCCUGGUCCACUCUCUCAGACCGGCCGUACUGACCAGUGUUACGGAGGCCCUGGUGUCGAUGAUCUUCCCCUUCCACUGGCCGUGCCCCUACAUCCCUCUGUGCCCUCUGGCACUGGCAGAUGUUCUGUCUGCCCCCUGCCCUUUCAUCGUGGGCGUCGACUCGCGUUACUUUGACCUCUACGUGCCUCCGCCCGACGUCUGCUGCGUCGACCUGGACACCAACAACAUAUUACAUAAGGAGGAGAAGAGGGCCCUAACAUGGAAGAUACUACCACAGAAAGCCUGCAAACAUCUCCUCAAUAGCCUGGGUAGUCUGUACCAACAGCUGACUGAAGGUGGCCACGUCGGCGGCGAGGACGGUCAGCUGGAGCCCACUGCGAGUGACCCAGACCUGGCGAGCGGAGGGAAGAGCCUCCAAACGCUAGAGAUGCAGAUUCAGGAAGCCUUUCUGAGGUUCAUGGCGGCCAUAUUGAAAGGGUACCGCUCUUACCUCCUCCCCAUCACGCAGGCCCCCUCCGAAAGGACCACGGACGCAAGCUCGCUGUUCGACUUGCAAGGGUUCUUGAAGAGCCGGGAUCGUUCCCACCAGAAGUUCUACUCCCAGAUGAUCAAGACCCAGAUGUUUAUCCGGUUCAUCGAGGAAUGUUCCUUCGUCAGCGAUAAAGACGCCAGUCUGGCCUUCUUUGACGAGUGUGUUGAUAAGAUUUACAGCAAUGGAAGCAAGAUUCAGAUGGACAGCGAUGGACCAGAAGACACCAGGUUGAUAGAGCUGGAUGAGUCCCAUCGCAGUGAACACACUGUUUACAUCAACCCUCCUGAACUAAGACUGUUGGCACAGGGAGAGGAGCAUCCACUCUGUUAUAGCUACUCUGGGUUUCCGGUGCUGAGUCGUGAUUUGUUGGAGCUCCAGGAUGGACCACACCCCCCCUCGGCCAGCCUGACACACCAGAGACACACCAGUCCAGCCAGCCCUGCCGCCAUUUUUAGACGCUCCAAACAGGAGAUCCGCUCUGCCCAGCGAAUGGCUAAAUCCCACGCCUCCGUACCUCAGAUGUGGUCCAAGUGUCUGCUGCGUCACUGUUACGGCCUGUGGUUCAUAUGCCUGCCAGCCUACGCCAGCGCGUGCCACGCCAAGGUGCGGGCACUACGCAUGGCCUACGACAUCCUGAGGAAGAUGCAGGACAAGAAGCUGCAGGCACCCGAUGAGGUGUGUUACCGGGUGUUAAUGCAGCUGUGUGGACAGUACAGCCAGCCUGUCCUGGCGGUGCGAGUUCUGUUUGAGAUGAAGAAGGCCGGAGUUCACCCCAACGCCAUCACCUACGGUUACUACAACAAGGCGGUGUUGGAGAGCACGUGGCCGUCCAAUACUAGAGGGGGCUACUUCCUGUGGGCCAAGCUGAGGAACGUGGUCCUGGGGGUGGGCCGGUUCAAACAGCUGGGACGGAAACAGACGGUCCAGAACCAGAACCAAACCCAGAGCAGAGACACAUCAGACUACAGUGAUCUGGACACAGUCAGUCAUGGUAGUGAAGACAGUACUAACGACUUAGUUGAGCGGGUCUCAAUCGAUACAGACUUCACCAAGAUGGACUCCAGCGAUGAUGGAUCCAGCACAGGUGGCCAGUCAGACCAAGGCUAUGACUCUCUAUCCAAGGAGGAGGAGAGGAUGAUGGGAAAGGACAACGACAGAACACCACUGGAGAAGUCAGAGAGGGAGUCUUGUCGUCUGACUAGACAGAACCACAUCACCACCCCUGGUGACUCCAACACUCCCUGUGGUACCAGACCAAAGAACCGGAGGCUGAGGCCCAACUCCCUAGACCUGACCGGAGGACAAGGGACACUCAGGACCAUCACACUCAAUUUCACCUCCACCACCAUGCAGAUCCGGGGCCCUGCUCCGAAACGUCCCCCGCCUCCGAUCUGCAAACCUGGGAAGGCUGAGGCCAGUCAGGCUGAUCCUACUCAGAACCAGGAGAGAUUGGAUGGCGGAGAGGGGGAGAAGGUAGAAGGCAGUAAGGACAGACAGACACCUGACAUGGAGGUGGAAAGGAGGAGUGUGAGCAGCAGUGGUGGAGACACUGAAAGGUCUGUAACCUGCAGUGGUGGUGGAGAUGGAGCCGGGUCUGUAACCUGCAGUGAUGGUAGAGAUGGAGCCGGGUCUGUAACCUGCAGUGGUGGUGGAGAUGGAGCCGGGUCUGUAACCUGCAGUGGUGGUGGAGAUGGAGCCGGGUCUGCAACCUGCAGUGUUGGUAGUGAUGGAGCCGGGUCUGUAACCUGCAGUGAUGGUGGAGAUGGAGCCGGGUCUGCAACCUGCAGUGAUGGUAGAGAUGGAGCCGGGUCUGCAACCUGCAGUGAUGGUGGAGAUGGAGCCGGGUCUGCAACCUGCAGUGAUGGUGGAAAUGGAGCCGGGUCUGUAACCUGCAGUGAUGGUGGAGAUGGAGCCGGGUCUGCAACCUGCAGUGAUGGUAGAGAUGGAGCCGGGUCUGUAACCUGCAGUGAUGGUAGAGAUGGAGCCGGGUCUGUAACCUGCAGUGAUGGUAGAGAUGGAGCCGGGUCUGUAACCUGCAGUGUUGGUGGAGAUGGAGCCGGGUCUGCAACCUGCAGUGUUGGUGGGGAUGGAGCCGGGUCUGUAACCUGCAGUGAUGGUGGAGAUGGAGCCGGGUCUGUAACCUGCAGUGGUGGUAGAGAUGGAGCCGGGUCUGUAACCUGCAGUGUUGGUGGAGAUGGAGCCGGGUCUGUAACCUGCAGUGGUGGUAGAGAUGGAGCCGGGUCUGUAACCUGCAGUGGUGGUGGAGAUGGAGCCGGGUCUGUAACCUGCAGUGUUGGUAGAGAUGGAGCCGGGUCUGUAACCUGCAGUGAUGGUAGAGAUGGAGCCGGGUCUGCAGAUCGCAGUGUCUCCAAACAGAGCAGUGUAAGAAACAGCAGUGAAACCGUGGGCGGAGCCGUGAAGAGGACUGGUAUCGUUGAGACUGGCUUUGACCCUCUGUCCAUUAUAGCGGCUGAGACGGAGACAGAGGGCGAUGGGGACGGCAGCAGUACCUCCACAGUCCGCCGAGACCUGGCAGAAGAGAUAGAGAUGUACAUGAAGGUUCUGAGCCCUCUGAGCAGCAGGACCGCCAGCAUGGACCUUCAGAACCCAUCCAGCCCGCUCCUCCACGCCACCUCCACCCCAUCUAAACACUCCUCCCACCGACCUCGGCCCCUCAGCCUGACCCACUCCCCCUGUACCUCCCCCCGACCCCCUCCUCCCUUGCUUCGUGCCAACUCACACGUCCCCCUCUCCAGGCCCAAAGAACGUCUCCGUCCUUCCUCCCUGGUCUCCCCUUCCUCCCCUACUCCCUCCUCAACCUUCUCCAUGGACUCUCUCCUCACACCGACUCUCAGUCUGGACAUGUUUAAGAGCAGCUUCCUGUCCGCAGGGAAGGGGGUGGCUGAGAAGGCUAGCAGGCUCUACUCCCGCCUGUCGUCGCAGACGUCACUCUCACAGGAUGUGAACUGUGACCAGAUCAGCGUGUCGUCAAUGACCUCAGUGGACCCAGAAUGCACCUCUUUGUUGGAGGAGGGCUCUGUCCUGGACCCUGAAGGUUUCACCUCUUCCUUCACCUCCUCCUACGCCUCCCCCCAGCACGACAGCGUCACGUGCCUGAGGAGGAGCCCAGCCAGGGGACGCCUCGUCUCUCAGAGCCCCACCUCGCCCUGCAAGGUGUUCCGCCACAACUCCUUCUCCAGUGGUUUGGCUCCUCCCUCUAGAGGUCCCCAGACUCCAGACUCGUCUCCUGAUGCCUCCCGCUUCCACCUCCGUCACCACUACACUACCGAGGUGUUGAUGUCUAGCUGCUGUCGCUGUAAGACAUGUGACUGUCUGGUGUACGAUGAAGAGAUCAUGGCAGGAUGGACGGCCGAUGACUCCAACCUCAACACUACCUGUCCUUUCUGUGGCUCUUCCUUCCUGCCCUUCCUGACUGUACACAUCAGGGACCUGAGACACAGGACCAGUGACGAGAGGCACCCACCUUUAGGAGAGGACACGGCUGUUUCGGUCAACCCCGAGACUGCAGCUGGAGCGCUGACGCCCCAGUCAACCACAUCUCCAGCAGAGGAGCAACAGGACUCUGAGGGUGUAGCUGGGUGUCCACAGGACCCUGUCCCUGGCCCAACUUCAGAUCCAACCUCUCCCCCACCUCCAGCCUCUCCCCCAUCCCCUGACUCAACUACAACUUGUAGUUCCCCAGUGAGUAGUUCUCCAACCCCAACCCCAUCCCCCUCACCCCCAGCCCCGGUGACGGUCCCCUACCUGAGUCCCUUGGUUCUGUGGAAAGAGCUAGAGUCUCUGCUGGGUAAUGAGGGAGACCAGGUGAUCGGUUCUCCCAGCAUCGUGGACCAGCACCCUAUCGUAUUCUGGAACCUGGUGUGGUACUACCGUAGACUGGAACUCCCCUCUCAUCUGCCCGGUCUCAUACUGACCUCACAGCACUGCAGCCAGGGACACGUACUACAGGUCCCAGCCCAGAGCGUGUCUUCAGAGGACAGUAAACAUGUCCUGGUCCGCAUCCUGUGGGACAACCCGUCACUACACCAGGACUCUGUCCAGGCUCUAUACGUGCUCUGGCACGCACACUUCUCUAUCCCCUCAGCCAGUGGAACAGUGUAUGAGGAGGACCAGCCCCAGGACCAUCUCUUCUCCUCUGAGGUCCUACAGGGUAUAGUGAGGAGCAUCCAGAAGGGGGAUGUCUACCAGCCCAUGAGUCAGAUCCUACAGCUGCUGGGACCAGAGCUGGGCUUCAGCAGACAGAGGAGUCUGUACAGAGAUCUCCUCUUCCUGGCGCUGACCGCUCUGGGGAAGAGCAACAUCAAUAUUGAUGCGUUUGAUCGUGAGUACAAGGUUGCUUACGACCGCCUCAGCCCCAGCCAGGUGAAGCUGACACACAACUGUGACCGGCCCCCAGGAGCAGGGGUCAUGGAAUGUAGGAGGAUGUUCGGGAAACCCAGUCUGUGAUCUCUCCACCUCACCUCCUCUGGAGGACCUUGAGGCAGCCCAGUCUGUGAUCUCUCCACCUCACCUCCUCUGGAGGACCUUGAGGCAGCCCAGUCUGUGAUCUCUCCACCUCACCUCUCUUUUGUCGAGCCCAGUCUGUGAUCUCUCCACCUCGCCUCCUCUGGAGGACCUUGAGGCAGCCCAGUCUUUGAUCUCUCCACCUCGCCUCCUCUGGAGGACCUUGAGGCAGCCCAGUCUGUGAUCUCUCCACCUCACCUCCUCUGGAGGACCUUGAGGCAGUCCAGUCUGUGAUCUCUCCACCUCACCUCUCUUUUGUCGAGCCCAGUCUGUGAUCUCUCCACCUCGCCUCCUCUGGAGGACCUUGAGGCAGCCCAGUCUGAUCUUACCACCUCGCCUCUCUUUUGUCGAGCCCAGUCUUUGAUCUCUCCACCUCACCUCCUCUUCAGGACCUUGAGGCAGCCCAGUCUGUGAUCUUUCCACCUCACCUCCUCUGGAGGACCUUGAGGCAGCCCAGUCUUUGAUCUCUCCACCUCACCUCCUCUGGAGGACCUUGAGGCAGCCCAGUCUCCCCACCUCCCCCUGGCUGCUAUCCAUCCAUCCCAUCCCUCCCAAAACAUGACUGCUGCUCACCUACUACCAGCCCCUCCCUCUGGCCCCCCUCUCUCUCUCUGGCCCCCCCUCUCUCUCUGGCCCCUCUCUCUCUCUCUGGCCCCUCUCUCUCUCUGGCCCCUCUCUCUCUCUCUGGCCCCUCUCUCUCUCUCUGGCCCCCCUCUCUCUCUCUGGCCCCCCUCUCUCUCUCUGGUCCCCCUCUCUCUCUCUGGCCCCCCUCUCUCUCUCUGGUCCCCUCUCUCUCUCUCUGGCACCCUCUCUCUCUCUCUCUGGCCCCUCUCUGUUGGGGUGAAUCAGCCCACCUGACACCCCAGGCAGGGGGAGGAAAGUCUUUGGGACCCAACAUGUACUGACUGAAGCGCAGUGUGGAACAAAUACACAGAAAAUAUCCUAGAAACUUUCACGGACGCUCCACACUGUUACAAUAGGACAUUUACAUGUGAGUCAUUUAGCAGACUCUCUUAUCCAGAGACACUUACAGUAGUGAGUCAUUUAGCAGACUCUCUGAUCCAGAGACACUUACAAUAGUGAAUCAUUUAGUAGACUCUCUUAUCCAGAGACACUUACAGUAGUGAGUCAUUUAGCAGACUCUCUGAUCCAGAGACACUUACAAUAGUGAAUCAUUUAGCAGACUCUCUGAUCCAGAGACACUUACAAUAGUGAGUCAUUUAGCAGACUCUCUGAUCCAGAGCCACUUACGGUAGUGAAUCAUUUAGCAGACUCUCUGAUCCAGAGCCACUACAGUAGUGAAUCAUUUAGCAGACUCUCUGAUCCAGAGACACUACAGCAGUGAUUCAUUUAGCAGACUCUGAUCCAGAGCCACUACAGUAGUGAGUCAUUUAGCAGACUCUCUGAUCCAGAGCCACUACAGUAGUGAGUCAUUUAACAGACUCUCUGAUCCAGAGCCACUACAGUAGUGAGUCAUUUAGCAGACUCUCUGAUCCAGAGCCACUACAGUAGUGAGUCAUUUAGCAGACUCUCUGAUCCAGAGCCACUACAGUAGUGAGUCAUUUAGCAGACUCUCUGAUCCAGAGCCACUGCAGUAGUGACUCAUUUAGCAGACUCUCUGAUCCAGAGAGACUUACAGGAGCAAUUAGAGUUAUGUGCCUUGCUCAAGAGCACAUUGAAAGAUGGUUCACUUAAUCGGCUCCGGGAUUCGAACCUGUGACCUUUUGGUCAAUGGCCCAAUGCUCUGAAGCGCUAGGCUACCUGCCUCCCUCACAUGGUAUUCACGGUAUGACAUGGUAUCACAUGGUAUGACAUGGUAUUACAAUGGAACCACAUAGCUAUGACAUGGUAUCACAUGGUAUGACAUGGCAUCACAUGGUAUCACAAUAGGACCUCAUGGUAUCACAAUAGGACCUCCUGGUAUCACAAUAGGACCAAAUGGUAUCACAAUAGGACCUCAUGGUAUCACAAUAGGACCUCAUGGUAUCACAAUAGGACCUCAUGGUAUCACAAUAGGACCAAAUGGUAUCACAAUAGGACCUCAUGGUAUCACAAUAGGACCUCAUGGUAUCACAAUAGGACCUCAUGGUAUCACAAUAGGACCUCGUGGUAUCACAAUAGGACCUCGUGGUAUCACAAUAGGACCUCAUGGUAUCACAAUAGGACCUCAUGGUAUCACAGUAGGACCUCAUGGUAUCACGACCUCAUGGUAUCACAAUAGGACAUCAUGGUAUCACAAUAGGGCCUCAUGGUAUCACAAUAGGGCCUCAUGGUAUCACAAUAGGACCGCAUGGUAUCACAAUAGGACCGCAUGGUAUCACAAUAGGACCUCAUGGUAUCACAAUAGGACCUCAUGGUAAUAGGACCUCAUGGUAUCACAAUAGGACCUCAUGAUAUCACAAUAGGACCUCAUGGUAUCACAAUAGGACCUCAUGGUAAUAGGACCUCAUGGUAUCACAAUAGGACCUCAUGGUAUCACAAUAGGACCUCAUGGUAUCACAAUAGGACCUCAUGGUAAUAGGACCUCAUGGUAUCACAAUAGGACCUCAUGGUAAUAGGACCUCAUGGUAUCACAAUAGGACCUCAUGGUAAUAGGACCUCAUGGUAUCACAAUAGGACCUCAUGGUAUCACAAUAGGACCUCAUGGUAUCACAAUAGGACCUCAUGGUAUCACAUGUAUUAUUCCUCUGUAUUUUCACUAUUAUUACAUUACUCAAAUGUUUGUGCUAUACCAUGUGAUAUAUUCUAUAUAUUUUAAGACAAUCUGUAUCUGAUUAACUUGUAAGCGUGUAUGUAUGUAAACGUGUUGUUUCUGUUUUGUUGUGUGAGCUUCAAAGCUCUGUGUGUUUUCUGUACCACUGUCAGGGCUGUUUUACUGUUGUGAUGGCAGGGUUGUUGGGUGUAAUGUAAAAGUAUUUCACACGUGUGAUUCUAAGCACUUUCCAAAGAUUAACUUACAUUAUCUGUGACAAUUAUAAUUUACAGUAAUAAUUUACAGUAAUAAUUUACAUGAAUCCUUUGGACCUUUAUUUUUUUGUCGUUCAGUUGAACUUUAAUACAUACACAACUACGAUACUAUGAUCAGGUAUGGUGUCUGACUUCCUGCCCUAUACUAUGAUCAGGUAUGGUGUCUGACUUCCUGCUCUAUACUAUGAUCAGGUAUGGUGUCUGACUUCCUGCCCUAUACUAUGAUCAGGUAUGGUGUCUGACUUCCUGCUCUAUACUAUGAUCAGGUAUGGUGUCUGACUUCCUGCCCUAUACUAUGAUCAGGUAUGGUGUCUGACUUCCUGCCCUUUACUAUGAUCAGGUAUGGUGUCUGACUUCCUGCCCUUUACUAUGAUCAGGUAUGGUGUCUGACUUCCUGCUCUAUACUAUGAUCAGGUAUGGUGUCUGACUUCCUGCUCUAUACUAUGAUCAGGUAUGGUGUCUGACUUCCUGCUCUAUACUAUGAUCAGGUAUGGUGUCUGACUUCCUGCCCUAUACUAUGAUCAGGUAUGGUGUCUGACUUCCUGCCCUUACUGAGGAUGAUGUCGUACUUUCAUGUUCAGCUGCUUUUCUUUGACCCCCCUCUGGCAGGACCAGUCCAAAUAUAACAUGAAGGAUCCAUUGGCCUAGUGUGAGACCAUGAAAACCGUGAGGUAUCAUGGGUAAAUUGUGACUGGCUGAUGUACAAAUAAUAUUGAGUAGUUAUUUACGAUGCAAGGUGGUUUGUAGAUCAGUCAGUCUCGGCUCGCCUUUAAAGUCGGCAGCCGUUGUCUAACGGUCCCAUUUUGUUUUUCUGGUGGUGGGAACACACAUAGACCGUGUAUGAUUUAGUUGUAUUACCAUAGUUACGAGACUUUUCUCCUGUAGUUACAGGAGUGUUUAUUCAUGAAUCCUUUUUUUGUAUCAAAGAAAUACAUCGGAAAUAACAAAACAACUGUUAAAAGGAAUAUUGUCAAAAAUGAUUUGUUGAUAUGUUUUAAUUAAUUACUAAGCAAUACUUUUUUUAUAAGGUAAUUGUUAUUAUAUUGACAUCACAAAUGCAGAAUGUGGAUAAUAAGACGUGUUUUCUAAUUGUUUCAUCAACAUACGUACACAUUACUUUUUGUAAAUAAAUGUAUGAAGCUGUUAUGUUCCUCCGUAGCUGUAUAGUUGUACAGAGUAAAUAUUAUGUUCUGUUCCUCCGUAGCUGUAUAGUUGUACAGAGUAAAUAUUAUGUUAUGUUCCUCCGUAGCUGUAUAGUUGUACAGAGUAAAUAUUAUGUUAUGUUCCUCCGUAGCUGUAUAGUUGUACAGAGUAAAUAUUAUGUUAUGUUCCUCCGUAGCUGUAUAGUUGUACAGAGUAAAUAUUAUGUUAUGUUCCUCCGUAGCUGUAUAGUUGUACAGAGUAAAUAUUAUGUUAUGUUCCUCCGUAGCUGUAUAGUUGUACAGAGUAAAUUGAAUAUUCUGUUUCUCUUUAUAGUUGUACAGAGUAAAUUGAAUAUUCGGUUUCUCUUUAUGGUUGUACAGAGUAAAUUGUAUAUUCUGUUUCUCUUUAUAGUUGUACAGAGUAAAUGGUGCGUUCUGUUUCUCCGUUUAGUUGUACAGAGUAAAUUGUAUAUUCUGUUUCUCUUUAUAGUUGUACAGAGUAAAUGGUACGUUCUGUUUCUCUGUAGCUGUAUAGUUGUACAGAGUGAAUUGUAUAUUCUGUUUCUCUUUAUAGUUGUACAGAGUAAAUGGUACGUUCUGUUUCUCCGUACAGUUGUACAGAGUAAAUGUGAUACAGCCUGGGAUUGAACCCGGGUCUGUAGUGACGUCUCUAGUCCUGAGAUGCAGUACCAUAGAAAGCUACGCCACCCGGGAGGCUAUAGUGGACUACUUUUGACCAUGAUCCAUACUCCAGUGUUAGGAUAGAAGAUAGAAGAGCUGUGUCACAUGUCAAGGUAUCUGUAUUCUUCUGACUGGGUUUCAAACUGUCACAAUAUCACCCCCCCCCCCCCAAAAAAAAUGGAACUUUUGUAUAUUGUGAAUGAACUGGCUUUAGAGAAGGGUUCCAAACAUCAUUCCACAACAGAAUGGUUCUAGUCUAGAAUGAUUCCUUUACAUUCCUUCCUAAAGAACACGUAAAACAAACAGCACUUGUGAAACAGUUUACAGUCGACUAGCUUUAUGCUUUAGGUUGAGGAUUAUUCAACAAAUGUCUUGUUUUUACCGUGUCAGACUGUUAUUAACAGUAAGUAGAGAUCCCCUGCCUUGUUUACUGCCAAGGAAAAGAACUGUGAUAUUAUCGAUGAAUGUCAGUUCACUCAUCGUUACAACCAGACUUAUAUUCAUCCUGGAUGGCUGAAGCGUGACAGACUGUGCGGUAGAAGCUUAAAGGUAAUUUCAGAUGGAGACGGUCAUCUACGGUGUUUACGGUAAAUGCAUUCUCCCGAUGAUGCGGGAACAUUGCCUUUAAAUUGAAAUCAAGCUGUAACGUUGUACCUCUGCGAUACGGAUUGAAUGGAGCACUUUAUUAAUAUGUUCAAUAAUGACUUUGUCUGAUAAAUAUUUGAAUACUAAUCAUAAAAGACCCACUGGUUUAUAAACGAUAUGAUGGUGUUUCACAGCUUUACAGUUGAAAUUAAAGUUGAGACCCAGCAGGCAUAAUUUGGCAUGGGCACGUCAUAAAUGGACAUUAAAAAUAUUUUCUAUCAAUUUUUCUAUCUUCUAAUUACCCUUUUGGAAGAAAUAUGAAUUGAUUUUGAGAGUCAAAGCUUUGUGUAUAAAAGGUGUACUUUGGUAUGUAGCCAUUACAUAACUCUGUACCAGUGCUCUCCAACCCUGUUCCUGGAGAGAGACCCUCCUGUAGGUUUUAUGUAUGUAUAAAUGUAUGUAACUACUAUACACAUUGACCACAAUAUCACCAUAUCAUCACUAUAGGUAUCAAUAUGUUGUUGUUUACACUGUUGAAGCACUGUUAUGUCUUUGAAUAUAUAAUAUGUAUCAUUUUUACCACAGUUUAAUACUAAUUUGUAAGAUUUUGUUUUCAUGGAAUCUGCCUGACUGGAUCUACAGAUUGUUUUAAAUUCUGAAUAAACCACCAGAAUAAUAAA